AUGCAAGCAACAGAAGGGGGCGGCGGUGGGAGACACUUCUGUAAACCGAGCCGCAUUUUCAGUUUACUCUUCACCCAUGUUGGCUUAGCCUGCAUGCUAGUCGUAUACGCCGUUAUCGGGGCUGCAGUGUUCCAAGCGAUUGAAGGACAGUUCGAAAUCCGGGAACGAAUACAUUUAGAGCAGACACGUAAAAAUGUGUUUGAACUCAUCUGGAAUAUCACAGUAAUCGACGGCCAGGAGAAUAUCAAUUUCACCAGUUGGUCGGAGCAGGUUGCAAACAUAUUCAGAAAGUACGAGCAUGAACACAGACGAGCCGUUAUCCACGGUGUUUCCGAUGAACUGCAGCCACUGAGAUGGACAUUUUCUGGCUCGUUAUUCUUCGCUUGCACAGUGUUCACCACCAUAGGUGGGUAUAUUUCAAAAUAUACUCUGACAUUAAAAAGAAUGUUGUGUUCAACAGUUUUACAUAACACAAUACUGUGUAUAGUUGUAUAG